AUGGAUCUGCGGUCUGAGCUGCUCAAGUCCAUUUGGUAUGGCUUCACAGCUCUAGAUCUGGAGAAGAGCGGUAAGGUGUCCAAGUCUCAGCUGAAGGUUUUGUCCCACAACCUGUGCACAGUCUUGUGUAUCCCACAUGAUCCUGUUGCUUUGGAGGAACACUUCAGAGAUGAUGAUGAUGGUCCUGUGUCCAGUCAGGGUUAUAUGCCUUAUCUCAACAAAUACAUUCUGGAUAAGGUUGUGGAAGGAUCUUUUAAUAAGGAGAAUGUAGACGAGCUCUGUUGGACUCUUACGGCAAAGAAAAACUACCAGACGGACAAAAACAGCACAACGGUUCUGCCAGAGAGGGAUGCUUUUCAACUUUGGUGUCUUUUUAACUUUCUGUCUGAGGACAAGUACCCUCUGGUUAUGGUUCCUGAUGAGGUGGAGUACCUCCUCAAGAAAGUGUGCAUGGCCAUGAGUAUUGAGUUUAACUGUGUUGAAUUAGAGGACUUCUUCUCCCAGGACUCCGUGCAGCAGAGUGGCAUUACUGUUUGGGUUUUUCUUGAGAUGAUGAACUCAGGAAAAAUUACUAGAGGAAUUGACAAGAGCAUAAUCAGCAUGGCAAUAGAGGAAGCGUAUAGAGAAAUAGUUGGCGAUGUCCUCAAAGAGGGUUAUCUGUGGAAAAAAGGUCAGCUGAGGAGAAACUGGAAGGAGCGCUGGUUCACCUUAAGGCCAAGCAGCUUGUCCUACUACACCGGGGAGGACCGCAAGGACUGCCAGGGCAACAUCGCAUUGGAUGGGAACUGCUGUGUUGAGGAAGUAGACGAUGAUCAAAUAUUGUUUGGUCGUUCAAAAUGGAUCAAAAACCUCCUUUUCCCAGUGCUGCCGGACAGAGAUGGGAAGAGGUGCAUGUUUUGUCUUAAAACCCUCUCCAAGACUUAUGAGAUGAGUGCCUCAGACACCAAACAGAGACAGGAGUGGACUACAGCCAUUCAAACAGCUAUCAGGCUGCAUGUGGAAGGGAAAAAGUCCCUCCACAAAGACCUGAAGCUGAAAAGGCGCGAACAGCGUGAGCAGCGUGAGAGGAGACAACAGUCUAAAGAGGAGGAGCUGCAGAGGCUACGGGCCCUGCAGGAGGAACGGGAGCGUAAGCUGGAGGAGCUGGAACUUCUGAAGGAGGCGCAAAAGCAGGCUCAGGCCCUCCUGGAGCAGGACGAGCAGAGAAGGCGCCAGCAGCAUGAGCAGCUCCAGCAGGCCCUGGAGGUCCAGCUGCGAGAGGCUGAGGAGGCCCGGGUCAGUAUGCAGGCAGAGAUGGCUCUGAAAGAGGAGGAGGCCGAGAGGCAGAGGAAGAGAAUCGUGGAGCUGGAGGAGAUGCAGAAGCGUUUGGAAGAGGCGCUGCAGCAGGAGAUCAAGGCCAGGCUGGAUGAGGAGGCCUUCCGCUAUGCUCAAGCAGGAUUACUGGCUGAGGAGGAGGAUAAAAUGAAGGCACUGAUGAACCUGCAGGAGGAACAGGAGGAGUACAUUCUGAAGACGCAGAGGGAGAAGCAGGAGCUCAGGCAGGAAAUGGAGGCCAAAUCUCAAGCACUGGAGGAGGCGCAGAGGCAGCUGGAAGAGGUCCGCGCCAACCGGCACAGGGUUGACCAGGAUGUAGUGGCUGCACAGAGGAAACUUCGCCAGGCGAGCACCAACGUCAAACACUGGAAUGUCCAGAUGAACAGACUGAUGCGGCCAAUCGGACCAGGAGAGAAAAGGCCGUCGUUAGGAAGCUCUUUCUCAGCAUUCCAGAUCCCGACGCAGAGAGAUCCCGGGCUGCGUCUCAGAAGGAGAUCGGAUUCAGAAGGUCAGGACGAAGAGAGCAAAGAAAACGUUGACAACAGAGCUGGGUGUGAUCUAGAAAAACGCCACUCCCAUACCUCUAAUGGAGACAUGGACAUCCCUUGAAAAACAUGAAUCAGAGAGAGGCUGCUCAGCUCACAUCUGGUCACACUGUGAGGGUUUCUGAAAGAGGGGCAAGAGGCUGAGGGUUGUCUAAUAUAAUAUAUAACAUAUGAAAACUUUGAGACAUUUACACUUAAAACCGAAUUUAGAGAACUACAAUUAAAUGUCAAAUUUACUGACCUCAUUUCAUUGCUUCAAACAUUUUAGUGAGACGUUAAAUUUUGCAACACUCACAACUCAUCUAAUGCGACCUGUGUGGUUUGGUUCGCCUUUUUGAUGCUUUUCCUUAUAUUAGUGAAACGUUGGCUCAAUAUUAUGAGUUUCAGUCAAUAAGUAUCGCUCCUCAUAAAACAGGAAAGAGAAAGAAAGAGGGGGGAAGAGAGAAACUCUAGUUGAACUUCCUGCUUCAACUGUUUUAACAUAAGUGUAAAUAAAAGAGUGAAUUAAUGCCAUAACCAGAUUUCUGCUGUGAUCUUCCCUUGAUUUAAUGAUGUGUGACGUGCAACUCAAUACACUGUAAAAAAUCACUUUCAUGACAUUGCAUACAUUACAAGAAAUGACAUGAAAUAAAUGAAGUAUUGUUAAGGGAUUGUAUGAAUCAUCGAACAGUCAUUACAUCAGUUUCAAAGAAACACUGUGGAAAUAUUUGAAGCCUAUAAUUCUGAAUGAGCAAACCGCAUAUCUGCUUUACUUUGAAUUUGAGUCGUCAUUGAUUCAGUUGAAAUGUGUCAUCACUGACUAACGUGUCGCCUCUAAAUGGUGAAACACAUACGAGAGAACAGAGACAUCCCCUGACAGACAGCACAAACUGCAUAUAGACUGGAAGGAUGGUUAUUAGCCAUACCUUUUUUUUAAAAAGCAGUAUUGUUCUAUAUCUCUCAGUAUUAUCAAUCUUUAUUUUUCUUAUUCAAGAUAAUCACUUUCUUAAAAAACGUUAUAUUCAUUAAAUUUUUUAAAGUUUCACAAAGAGAAAUAGGUAUUAGCCAGUAAAUAAAAAUUAAUUAUAAAAACACAAAUGUAAGGAAGCUAUAUAGAUAUACAGCUAUACUACUGUCAAGAGAAAAAGACUGAGUCUUAUCUCAGAGUGUAAACUAGGGAUAUCGGUGGAUGACCCUUCUUUUCUCAAUGUUUCUCCUUCUGAAAGUUUCAGUGAAUGUUUAACUUGCAUUUACUUCAUUUGUUUAUACUGUUUUAAUGUGGUUUUGUUUUUAUUAAU